UGCAGGCUGAGGGGAAAUAUAUGGAUUUUUUGGUGAUUUAUCCGGUUAAUGUGUAAUUUUUUCAGCCUGAGCGCCUGUUUGAGUUGAGCGUUAGCGCCAGAGCUGAUCUCUAGCAAGAAGGGCUAGCUGUUUAUGCUAACUAGCCGUUAGCUUAGCUAGUGAGCACUAGUUGGAGAGCAUGGCUCACUCCAAGAAUCGAGCCACAGAUGGCAAGAUCACCUACCCGCCGGGGGUGAAGGAGAUCUCUGAUAAAAUCUCAAAGGAAGAGAUGGUGCGGAGGCUCAAGAUGGUGGUGAAGACGUUUAUGGACAUGGACCAGGAUUCAGAGGAAGAGAAAGAGCUGUACCUGAAUCUGGCUCUGCACCUGGCUUCAGACUUCUUCCUAAAGCAUCCAGACAAAGACGUCAGGCUCCUGGUGGCCUGCUGCCUGGCUGAUAUAUUCCGUAUUUAUGCUCCAGAGGCGCCCUACACAUCACCAGAUAAGCUAAAAGAUAUAUUCAUGUUCAUAACUCGACAGCUGAAAGGACUGGAGGACACCAAAAGUGCCCAGUUCAAUCGAUAUUUCUACUUACUGGAGAAUAUUGCUUGGGUGAAAUCCUACAACAUCUGCUUUGAGUUGGAGGACAGCAAUGAAAUAUUUACUCAACUGUACAGAACCCUCUUCCAAGUGAUCAACAAUGGCCACAAUCAGAAGGUGCACAUGCACAUGGUGGACCUGAUGAGCUCCAUCGUCUGCGAGGGUGAUUCCGUCUCUCAAGAGCUUUUAGAUACUGUCCUGGUUAACUUGGUUCCAGCACAUAAGAAUCUGAAUAAACAGGCGUAUGAUCUGGCCAAAGCUUUACUGAAGAGGACUGCUCAGGCUAUAGAGCCUUACAUAACCAAUUUCUUUAACCAGGUGCUGAUGUUGGGGAAGACUUCAGUGAGCGACCUGUCAGAGCAUGUCUUUGACUUAAUCCUGGAGCUUUACAACAUCGACAGUCAUCUACUCCUGUCUGUGCUGCCUCAGCUCGAGUUCAAACUCAAGAGUAACGAUAACGAUGAGCGUCUUCAGGUUGUAAAGCUCUUGGCGAAGAUGUUUGGAGCGAAGGAUUCUGAGCUCGCUUCCCAGAACAAACCUCUGUGGCAGUGCUACCUGGGCAGGUUUAAUGAUAUUCAUGUUCCUAUUCGACUUGAGUGUGUGAAAUUUGCCAGCCACUGCCUGAUGAACCAUCCUGACUUGGCUAAGGACCUUACAGAAUACCUUAAAGUCAGAUCUCACGACCCUGAGGAAGCUAUCCGGCAUGAUGUGAUCGUGUCCAUCGUUACUGCCUCCAAGAAAGACCUCUCGCUGGUCAACGAUCAUUUGCUGAAUUUUGUAAGAGAGAGAACGCUUGAUAAGCGGUGGAGGGUCCGUAAGGAAGCUAUGAUGGGUCUUGCGCAGAUCUAUAAGAAAUAUUCGCUGCAGGGGGAAGCUGGGAAAGAAGCAGCCAAACAGAUUUCCUGGAUCAAAGACAAACUGCUGCACAUCUACUAUCAGAACAGCAUAGAUGAUCGGCUGCUUGUGGAGCGAAUCUUUGCACAGUACAUGGUCCCUCACAACCUAGAGACUACAGAACGGAUGAAGUGUCUGUAUUACCUUUAUGCUACGUUGGAUUCUAAUGCAGUAAAAGCCCUGAAUGAGAUGUGGAAGUGCCAGAACAUGCUGAGACACCAUGUCAAAGAUCUGCUGGAUCUUGUAAAACAGCCAAAAUCGGACUCCUACAAUAAGGCAGUGUUCUCAAAAGUCAUGGUCAUCACGAGGAACCUGCCUGAUCCAGGGAAGGCACAAGACUUUGUGAAGAAGCUGGCACAGGUUCUGGAGGAGGAUGAGAAGAUCAGGAAGCAGCUGGAGACGCUGGUCAGUCCCUCCUGCUCCUGUAAGCAGGCUGAGGUCUGCGUGAAAGAUAUCACAAAAAAGCUGGGCAGCCCCAAACAGCCCAGUAACCCGUUCCUGGAGAUGGUGAAGUUCCUGCUGGAGCGAAUCGCUCCCGUCCACAUCGACACCGAGUCCAUCAGUGCGCUUAUUAAACAGGUGAAUAAGUCGAUAGAAGGAACAGCUGAUGAUGAUGAUGAAGGUGUACCGACUGAACAGGCUAUUAGAGCCGGGCUGGAGCUCCUCAAGGUCCUGUCCUUCACUCACCCCGUGUCCUUCCACUCUGCGGAGACAUUCGAGUCUCUGCUCGGCUGUCUGAAGAUGGACGACGAGAAGGUGGCUGAGGCAGCACUGCAGAUUUUCAAAAACACUGGCAGCAAACUGGAGGAGAGCUACCCACACAUUAAAUCGGUUCUUUUACCGGUACUGCAGCACAAGGCCAAAAAGGGUCCUCCCCGCCAGGCCAAGUACGCCAUCCGCUGCAUCCACGCCAUGUUUUCCAACAGAGACACUCACUUUGCACAGAUUUUCGAGCCCCUGCAUAAGAGUCUGGACACAGAGAACAUGGAGCAGCUCAUAACUCCUCUCACCACACUGGGGCACCUGGCCAUGUUGGCACCAGAGCAGUUUGCUGGACCCCUCAAAUCCCUGGUAGCCAACUUUAUUGUCAAAGACCUGCUGAUGAACGACCGUAUUCCUGGCAAGAAAACCACCAAGCUCUGGGUUCCAGAUGAUGAAGUUUCCCCUGAAACGUUGGCUAAGAUCCAGGGCAUCAAGCUGAUGGUGAGGUGGCUGCUUGGAGUGAAGAACAAUCAGAGCAAGUCGGGAAACUCCACACUGAGGAUGCUCACUGCCAUACUGAACAGUGAUGGAGAUCUAACUGAACAGGGCAAGAUGGGAAAGCCAGACAUGUCCCGACUCCGCCUGGCGGCAGGUUGUGCGGUGCUGCGUCUUGCUCAGGAGCCCUGCUACCAUGAGAUUAUCACCCUGGAGCAGUACCAGCUCUGCGCUCUCGUCAUCAAUGACGAGUGUUACCAGGUGCGGCAGGCCUUCGCUCAGAAGCUGCAUAAGGGUCUGUGUCGCCUGCGGCUGCCGCUGGAGUACCUGGCUGUGUUUGCUCUCUGUGCCAAAGACCCGGUGAAGGAGCGCAGGGCCCACGCCCGCCAGUGCCUGGUCAAAAACAUCAACCUGCGCAGGGAAUACCUCAAGCAGCAUGCCGCAGUCAGCGGUGAGGAGAAACUGAUUUCUCUCCUGCCAGAAUAUGUGGUGCCGUAUGCCAUCCACCUCCUCGCCCACGACCCCGACUACGUUAAAGUGCAGGACAUCGAGCAGCUGAAGGACAUCAAAGAGGCUUUGUGGUUUAUUUUGGAGAUCUUAAUGGCCAAAAAUGAGAACAACAGUCAUGCAUUCAUUAGGAAAAUGGUAGAGAACAUCAAGCAGACAAAAGAUGGUCAGUGUCCGGAUGAUGCCAAGAUAAAUGAGAAACUGUACACAGUGUGCGAUGUAGCCAUGAACAUUGUCAUCUCCAAGAGCACUACAUACAGUCUGGAGUCACCGAAAGACCCCGUGCUGCCCGCCCGCUACUUCACCCAACCCGACAAGAACUUCAGCAAUACAAAAAAUUAUCUUCCUCCUGAGAUGAAGUCCUUCUUCACCCCAGGAAAGCCCAAAGCAGCUAAUGUUCUGGGAGCUGUGAACAAGCCUUUAUCAGCCACAGGCAAACUGCAGACCAAGCUGUCCCGCAUGGAGACCAUCAGCAACGCCAGCAGUAACUCCAAUCCCAGCUCCCCUGGACGCUGCAAAGGAAGACUGGACUCAGGAGACGUGGACCACAGCGAGAACGAGGACAUCUCCAUAAAGAGCCCGUCUGAAUCAGAGAAACCCACCAGGGGCCGCAAGCGAGGCGCCGCCUCCAGCCAAGACGACAAAACCCAGGAGUCCAAACCCAAACGCGGCCGCAAGAAAGCGCCGAGCGCCGGUGCGGAGGAGGAGGAGCAGUGGGGCGAGGACGGCAGCAUGGCCGAGGCGUCGAUGGAGAUCGAGGACGAACAGAACAGUCCACCCAAGAGAGGACGCCGCGGACGUCCCCCCAAAUCUGCUCCGAAAGAAGAGACCCCCAUCAAGGGAAGGAGAGGCCGCAGGAAGGCCGUCCCCCCACCGGAGGAGGAAAAUGAGGAAGAAGAACAGGAAGAGGAGGAGGAAGAAGAGGAAGAAGAUGCAGGGAGUGAAAAUAUAGAAGUGAAGCCAAGAGGAAGACGAGGCCGCAAACCGAGAGUGGAACCCGAACCCGAUUCAGUUGAAUCCACACCACAGAAAAGAAGAGGGAGACCUCCAAAAUCACAAACGGCAGCUAAAAAAACAGGCGGCGGGAGAACCAGAGCGGCGGUGAGUCAGGAGGAAGAGUCUGAGGAAGAGAUGGAGACGUCUCAACAGAGUGAGGCAGAGGCAGAGGAAGAACAACCACCCGAAUCACCUAAAGUGCGGCGGAAGUCGGGGAGGCGAGAUCGCAGAUGAGUGAGCUGAGCUUCACGAUUGGCCGAGUUUGAGAAAAGCCGCGAAAGACAAAGGAGGGAAUUUCUUUGGAGAGUUUGGACUUUUUCGAGCCAUGCAUUUGCAUCUGCUUCAGCUGUAUUUUGCCGUCUUCUCUGCCGUAUGCUUUCGCCACGUCUCGCCGCCGUGACUCGUGGUUUGUUUUUGCAUUGUUGCUGACCAUGUGAAAGACCCUAAAAAAUGUAAAUAGUCUUUGUUCUAUCAGCCCUGUCCUUUACAACCCACUCGUACGACACCUAAUUACCCAGUUACCCACCUGCCCACCUUUAGGGAGAAAACUGUAUAGCUUUUACCCUCCAGCUUUAAAGAUAUCGCACCAGCUGAUCUGUCCAAGUAUGAAAGAAGAAAAAAAAAAAAAGCGACUUUUAGCAGUACUGUAUCUGUCCAGUGUGUUUUCUGUAUCAUUCUGUAAUGUGCGACAUGAAUAACUGUUUUGUAGUUCCGUUUUAAAAAAAUAUUUGUUUGUCAUUUUAUUCUUUCCCUUUUUUUUAACCCCUUCUCAUUUGUGUAUUUCUUGUGUGCGUAUUUUUGUGGAUGUGCAAACGUGCCUCUGCAGGACGAGAAGACGAAACACUGGUAUGAAGAUGACCUGAUGAUAUUUGUUCUCUUUUCCUGCUCAGUAUUGAUUUUUUUAGCAGUGUUUGGAACAACAGGGAAAGUGUGGUACAGUGCAUCCAUUUCAAUAUUGGCUGUGUUGCGGAUUUAAAAAUCCCCUCACCAGAAACCCACCCAGCCACCCAGAUCACUUUUUCAGUCUGCUGAACCAAUAAAAUAUUCUGUUUAAAUAA